AAAAUCAAAAACCUCUUAAUUGUUGGUGCUUCUUCAUCUUCAACUUUUCUUCUUUCUUCUUCUGCUGCUCUGUUGCUCUCUCAUACUCUGUGUGCUUAUUCUGCUAUUUUGACUUGUUGAUUGGUCGAUCCGCGUCAUUCUAUUACAACAACAACAUACCCAGUAUAUUAACCAAAAAAACUAUGUGCGGUGGAUGAGUUUUCACUUCAUGCAUGACCGAAGCUACUAGUGUCUUCUUACAAUAUGGCUUUCUUCGAAGGUUUAGGAAUCAUGCGGUUCGUUUUGGUGAGCAAUUCUGGAUAAGGAAUUUUCUGUCUACUACGUCUAUGCUGGUGGAUUGUGAUUUAAUUUGAAGAAUAUUAUUAUUUGAGAAAAAUGAAAAUUAAUUUAGCAGAUAGUAGUAUUUGCUAUGAGUUUUAGAAUCUGGAGAAAGUAGUGUUACAUUAUCAGGUUCGUUUGUACUACAACACCACGGAUAAGCUAUAUUUGAUAGUAACUGAUGUUGUGGGGAGAAUCGGAAGAAGAAGAUUUGUUCUGUAUCCCCUUUUUGUCCCUGAGGAUUUGAAGCAACGCUAGCUACUACUUUUGGUCUUUUGAUGGACCCUUAUUCCUCUGGGGAGGAAAUUGUCGUUAAGACAAGGAAACCUUAUACCAUCACUAAGCAACGUGAGCGAUGGACGGAGGAGGAGCACAAUAGGUUCCUAGAAGCUUUGAAACUCUAUGGGCGUGCUUGGCAGCGCAUAGAAGCUCAAUCUACUGAAUAUCUCGUCUUUCAGGAAUUGGAACACAUAGGAACAAAAACUGCUGUGCAGAUCAGAAGUCAUGCGCAAAAGUUUUUUACAAAGUUUCCUAAUCUGGUCCAGUUAGAGAAGGAGGCUCUUACAAAGGGAGUCCCAAUAAGUGAAGCACUCGACAUUGAAAUUCCUCCUCCACGACCUAAAAGGAAACCAAGUAAUCCUUAUCCUCGUAAGACGAGCAUAGCAGUUCCCUCAUCACAGGUAGGAACAAGAGAUGGGAAACUAUCGACAUCUUUUUCUUCCAUCUGUGAGGAUAGGAACUUAUUUGACCUGGAGAAGGAACCGAUCACUGAGAAACCUGGCGGAAACGAGAAGCUGGGCAAUGUGCAAGAAAACCAGAACAAGAAAACUUGCUCUCAAGGGUUCACUCUUUUCAAGGAAGGUGCUUCUGCAGCCUCUAUGUUGUCAGGAAAGUCCUUGCAAACACCUGUGGCACCUACAGAUUCAUGCGCUUUUAGCGAGUCUGCGCCUGUCACGAAAGGAGUGGUAAACCAUGAUAUAGCAAAUAAAUCUUUUCUCACUGUUGAAUCCAAAGAGCAUCAACAGUCGGAUAUACUCGAUGUCAAAGAGUCAUUUCAAGGUAACAGCUCAUGUAAAACCUUCAAUGGGGGGAAAUCUUGCCAGUUGAGUGAGAAGUUGGCACAAUGUGAGGAAAACCAUCCAACGAGUCAGCCAGAUCAUUUUGGGGAAUUCUCAAGAAAUGAUAUGCAAGUGACACAGAACUAUCCAAGACAUGUGCCAGUGCAUAUUCUUGAUGGAACAAAUGGUUCUCAAACAGUCCCAGAUAUUUUUAAUCACGAAUCUACGAGCCAGCAGAUAGGUGGGGUCCCGGGGCUCCCAAAUUUGUAUUGUAACCCUGCUUCCUCUGCCACAUCUGAGCACCAUAGCAAUGCUCCACAGUCAUCCAUUCAUCAGUCAUUUUCUUGUUUCCAUCCCAUCUUCACCCCUAUUCGUGAUCCAGAUGAUUAUCGAUCGUUUCUGCAAUUAUCCUCCACUUUCUCCAGCCUUAUUGUUUCUGCUUUAUUGCAAAAUCCAGCAGCACAUGCUGCAGCAAGUUUUGCUGCUAGCUUUUGGCCGUAUGCAAAUAUGGAAACUCCAACGGAUUCUCCAACAGGUAACACCGCAAGCCAGAUUAACUCAGCUCCUAGUAUGGCAGCAAUUGCUGCUGCUACAGUAGCAGCUGCAACUGCAUGGUGGGCAGCCCAUGGACUCCUACCAGUGUGCUCUCAAUUUCAAAGCAGCUUUACCUGUGUUCCUACAUCAGCAACAUCAAUGCAAGUGGAUGCCUGUCAACCUAGAGUAGGCAAGAAUGAGGGAAUAGAAGGAAUUCAUAAUUCUCCCCAUGCUCAGCAACCCAUCCCAGACUGCUCUGAAGCUUUGCAAGAACAACAAUCAGCUUCUAAGUUGCCAGCGUCACCAUCAUCAGAGUCGGAGGAGAGUGAAGAUAGAAAGCUAAAAACUGGGUUAACAGCUACUGAUACUGAGCAAGGAGCGGCAGCCGCUGAAAUUAAUGAGCCAAACACAGAGAAGGGCAGGAAACAGGUAGAUCGUUCUUCCUGUGGAUCCAACACCCCUUCAAGUAGUGAAAUUGAGACAGAUGCUUUGGAGAAGGAUGAGAAAGAUAAAGAAGAGCCUCAAGAAUCUAAUACUAUCCUUAUAACCGGUGAAGCUGUGAAUCGGCGUGGUAGAAAUUUCAUCAGUCCAACUGAAUCUUGGAAAGAAGUCUCUGAAGAGGGGCGGAUAGCUUUCCAGGCUCUUUUCACCAGAGAAGUGUUGCCUCAAAGUUUUUCUCCUUCACUUGAACUGAAAAAUAAGGGAAAGAUCAUUCUUGAAAAGUUAAAGCAAAAGCCAGAUGAGAAAGUGCAAUGUGGAUCGCAGUUAGACCUUAAUGAUCAGGCAUCCAAUAACUUUUUCAGUCACCAAACAAUGUCAGACUACGUGUUCUUAACUGGCAACAAAGAAGAUGUUGAAAAAUGCCUACCGGUGAUGGAACUUGGACAAGUAAGGUUGAAAGCUCGCCGUAAUGGAUUUAAACCUUACAAGAGGUGCUCAUUGGAGGCAAAUGAUGGCAGGAUGACAAGUGCAAGCUGUCAGGAUGAAGAGAAAGGCUCGAAAAGACUUCGGUUGGAAGGAGAAGCUUCUACGUAGAGCACUAUCUCUCCUGUUCAUUAUCUUUUUCCCAGUUACAUUGUCUAGUUCUAAUGUACACGAAACUUGUCGUGAAGGUGUGUACCAUAUUAUUUUUAUGUUCUGUUUUAAUUGGAGUUAUAUGCAAAGGGACUUUGAAGAAUGAAGAACUUAAAUAUGGAUGUUCAACAAUCAUAGCAAAUUGAAUGGACCUUGAUUGGACCAGUUUCUCUGCAGAA